AGUAAUCUGGCGCGUUUUUGAAAGAGCAAAAUACGUCAAGAAGAAACAUGUUUUUGAAACCUUACUCGGAAACAAUGGGGAUUAUAACCGUUUAACGCUUUCCUCGGUGCUUUAAUAUGUCCGUCGCUGACAUGUUGGAAAUGUUUGGACCACUUUUGGAAGCUGUGAGGAGCGGAGUGUGUUUGAAAGUAGCUUCCAUUGAAGUCUGCUAGCUUGUUGUUUUACAGAGACAUUUAUAAGUCUAGUGGCAACACACACAGCUGUCCGUCUCACACAAUGAAUUUAUAUUGUUUGUUCACAUUCUCGGGGAGGUGAAUAAGUAAGAGAAAGAAGAAGACGAAGUUGCAGAAGGUUCUGUUUUUAUUGGUCUCUUCAAAUGAUGGCUGGUGUUGUGGCUAUGGCAUCUGUCAUUGAGGACUUUGACACCCAGCCUUGCAAGAAAUCUCACAAAGAUGGCGGCAGUCCUGUUGUCAAGACGAUCAAAAACUACUUCUCUCCUGUGCCCAAGCCUGAGGAGAAACCCUUUUCACCUCCGCGCUCCAACAACAUCAUGGACUACUUUAACCGUAAAGCUCCGUCCUCGAAAGAAAAGACCAGCUCACCUGAACUGUCAAAAGAGAACUGUCGGACUUCUCAACCUGCUGAAAAACACACCAGCCCAGAGGCAGCAGUGAAAAAGCCAUCACAGAAACGGACUAGAAAGGCCAGCAAAGUUGCAAGAAAACUUGUGGAGGCUGAAACCAUAAGUUUUACAGAGGAACCAAGCUGCCUGAUUGUAGAAGAACAACAUGAAAUCAGAGACUCGGCAUCAGAAGCCAUCAGCAGCUGUGGUGUUCUUGGCAGUGAUACAGCGGCCCUGAUCGCCCAGCUUAGUGCUGAGGCCUGUAUCACUGGGGGGGAAUCAGAGAGUAAUACCACUAAGACUGUCAGUGUUGAGCAGGCUGAAGAAGAUGGUUCCAAAUGUGGAAACGGUGUCAAACCUAAUCUGGAACUGAUUGGUAUUGAAUUAUCUCCAAUUUUACCAUCAAAAGAUAAAGCAAAACGAGUCAAAACUGUGGCACGGAAUACUAAGAAGGCAAAGCACUCAGAACCAGAGGAGAACGAGAGCUCCUUGUGUGAUGUUAGUAUGGAGGUCAAUUUGGAUGAGGCCUCUCAGUUAAACCACAGCACUGUCACGGUCUCCUUUGAGGAAUUUGUGCGGAACCAGGACAAGAGGAAGGGUGCAGAGGACAAAGAAGAUGCAAGUAAAAUCACACCUGAGGCAGAAGGAAUAGUCUCUGACCAAAUGGAGAUCCUUAAAGCAGAGGAAAAUGUUCUUUCAGGAGUGUCACCUUUCCAUGUCUCGCCCAGAACUGUCACCAUCCAGGCAGAGGUGCAUGUAGUCUCACCUAAACACCAAGUAGCCAAGGCAGGAGGAAAGUUAGCUACAAUCUUCAACAGGAGAAAAGGUCAGAUGAGCCCUGCAGAGGUUGUAUCGUCUCCUCACACAGAGUCCGGACACCAACUUCCUUUUGCCUCUUUGACUGUCAAGCGUAAAUCUAACGUGGUUCUUCAAGAGGAAGACUUGGAGCUGGCUGUGAUCGAGAGUGAAUCCACACCACGGAGCAGCGAGGCAGUGAAGAAGCAGUUCAUGGCUGCCUUCAAACAGCCCGGUCUGGAUGGGUCCAAAAGCAAGCCUGGAAAGAGCCAGGGCAAGCAGAAGCAAGCUGGAGAGAAAGCUGCGGAUGAUGCAGACAAAGCUGCUGAAGAAGUAACUCCACCCUCUGCUGAGCAAGUGCCUGCUGCCAUGCAAGAAAAUAAAGUGGCUAAAAAGAAACAAGCAAGGAAAGGCAGAAAGAAAGCUAAAGAAGGAAAGGAUGCUCCACCUGCUGCUGAAGAAACAGCGGCCACAGUUGUUGAGGUUGAUGAUGAGCCUCCCAUCACUUCAACUCCCUCCGUCCCAGAAGCGAGGAGAUCCAGGAGAGAGGGGGCAGUAAGGCAAACUCCCGAAGCCCCCCCAACAUCCCCUAUCAGGAAAACCAAGAAACGAAACAAGUCAAAGGAUGCGGCUGCUGCUUUACCUGCGGACAGCCCUGCACAUAUUUCCACCUCAAAGACACGCAAGUCCAAACAUGGAGUCUUCUUAUCGGAGGUUGUGUGCUCACCUGACACACAAGAAAGUCCAAUAAGGAUUAGAUUUACCAGAGUCCAUAGAAAUGUUCCCAAGUCCAAGGCUGACAGUGAAAGUAGCACCAACACCUCUUUAGCUACUAAACCAUCAAAGGACUCUAAAACAAGGAAGCAGGCAAAGAAGUUGGUGAAGAAAGCCAAAGUGAUUCAGCAGAGUAAAAAAACUGCCGUCAAGGAGAAGGUCACCUUAAGGCGUUCGUCUCGAACUGAGGCCGCCUCCUACGACAAGAAGAUCUACUGUGAAGACGAGAACUCUGUCAUCUGCGUGGAGAACGAACAGACGGUCACUCCUCAGACGCCAAAAGAAAAGAGUAAAAGCAAGAAGCAUUUACGGAGUCUGAAUGAAGUUCUGGGGAAAGCUUCAUCUGCCAAGACUAGCCCAGGCUCCAAAGGGGCCGCGCUGGGCCAAGAGAAGAAGGUCCCCACAGUGAUUUCCAUCUUUGAUGAGAGCGGCUCUGAAAACUCCCAGGAUGACGAGCAGUUCAGGGCGCGCAGAGAUUUCUUAAAGAGCGGUCUGCCCGAGACCUUCAGGAAACAGAUCGCCAAGACAACGUCAACCAGAGAGGCCUACUCGCUGUCCUGCUCCUCCUUUCAGACUGUUACUCACAUCCAGCAACAACCACAAGACUGCCCUCUUUGGAGUUUACUAUGGCCCGAGUCUUCGUUACUGUGUCACCUGAAAGAGCUUUGGAGCCAAACAUCAAACCCUCCACCUGUGAGCGGCUCCCUCUGUGUGAAGACACAACCAGACCCAAGAGCCUUUUGUCAACGGGGUUCUGGCUGGAGGCCUGAGAUCUCUGAAAGUGUUCGUCGGCUUCUAACGGAGGAGAUCAGCACCGCUAACCCUUCCUUCGAUGUUGAGAUGUUCCUCACUCGCUUCCUAAAGAGACGCGCUGACCACCAGCAGCAGUGCACGGCCUCAGACCCUGAAGCUGAAACCAGAGUCUCCAGCACCACACCGCCCGCUGAACCAGUAGUAGGGAAGAGGAAGAGGAGGGAUGAUGAGGGGGAAACGACCGCCAAGCUGGCCAAGAAGCAGCGCGCCAACUGUGCCGAGGAAAACGUUUCGGAGCCCGAGCCAACGAAAAGACGAGGACGCCCGAGACGAGCUCAGAGAUCGAGGACAGAGGACGCGGCGAAUGAGAACUCAAAGCCUUCAGCCAAAGGUGCUGCCUCCCCGUCUGUAGAUGACUCUGUGAUUGAGGUCGGUGACUCGCCUGUCGGAGAGAGCGCUGGGAAAAAAGAUGUGAUGAAGGAGGACGUGCUCUGGACGGACAAAUAUCAGCCCCAGCACUCCAGUGACAUCAUCGGCAACACCGCCUCAGUGAGGAGGCUGCACAGCUGGCUGAAGGGAUGGAAACUUCGUGCAGAUCGGGAAGAGAGAAAAAAUCAGAAAGAGAAGAAACGGGAGGAAAGCGGAAAUGACUCGGAGUGGGACUGCGGAGAGGAGGACUCUCAGGAAGGAGAGGACACGUUGUGUAAUACGAUGAUCAUCACCGGACCCACUGGAGUAGGGAAGACUGCAGCGGUCUACGCCUGUGCCCAGGAGCUGGGCUUCAAGGUGUUUGAGGUGAAUGCUUCGUCUCAGCGCAGCGGCCGUCUGAUCCUGUCCCAGCUGAAGGAAGCCACUCAGUCUCACCAGGUGGACAGUCAGGGGGUCAACGCACACAAGCCCACCUACUUCAACAGCUACAGCACAAGCAGCAGCACUGGCCCUCUCAAGCCUGGAUCCUCGCCCAGAAAGUUUAACUCUCCUCGCAGGGUGGUUUCCUCUCCCAGGAAACAUCCACAGUCCCCAAGAGUUGCUCGGAAAGGAAACCUGGCUCCAACCUCCUUAGCUAACUUCUUCAAAAUGGGUCGACCCACCGAUGUGGAGACACCCAACACCAAGAAGAAUGAACAAACGGCUGCUUCCAAGAAAGUCAUCAAAGCAAAAGAAUGUGCCAUCAAGCCCAAAGCCCCUGCGGUGGAUUCACCAGCAGCUACCACCCCUAAAGAGAAGAACAGUGAAGAACAGAGCAAGAAGACGGCCACCUCGCUGAUCCUGUUUGAAGAAGUGGAUGUUAUUUUUGACGAUGACUCAGGGUUUCUAGCUGCCAUCAAGACUUUUAUGACGACUACAAAGCGGCCAGUUAUCCUCACCACCAGCGAUCCUGCUUUCAGCUCCAUGUUCGAUGGCGACUUUGAAGAGAUUAUUUUCAAAACACCCUCAAUGUUGGAUGUGAGCAGCUUCCUGCAGCUGUUGUGUCUGACGGAGGACGUGAGGACAGACGUCCCGGACAUCAGCGCUCUGCUCAGACUCAACGGAUGCGACAUCAGGCAGAGUUUACUGCAGCUGCAGUUCUGGACACGCAGCGCAGGAGGCCGCCACCUGACCAGGCCACUGACACACACUGGCAAAAGUGAGCUAAAGCCAGAGGCUGAUGAAGAGGCAGCAGGCGUGACUCUCCCUCCCUGUGAAAGCGGCUGCACAGAGAGCAUGCUGGGUCUUCUGAAUGUGGAGCCUGAGCGAGACAUGUGGGAGCUGCUCAGGGGUCCGGGCGAGGAGACGUUACGCUGGGAGCUUCUGACUAACUGCAAGCAUCGAGGAGUGGACCUGCUCUAUUCCAACAUGGAGACUCUCUUACCUCUACCACACACACAGCUGACUACCUCCACAUACAAACCGGAGCCAUCUGUCUCUGCAGCACAAGAACAUCCUGCUGAUCCAAAAGAGCUGCCAUCACAUACCAGGUUACUACAAACCUCAGAGUCUGCAGAUUGCUCCGAAGACAGCAGUCCAGUGAAGAUGUCCAACAGAAUGAAGAAGAACAAGAAGCGGCACUGUCUACCUGAAAGGGACGGACUGAACUCCGACUCGGAGUCAGAAGACGAUUUUCUAUCCCUCUGCAAGCCGCAGGGCGCUCCUCAAGCGAAGGAGGAAGUCAAGGAGACUUUGGUUUCCCAGAAGGUGAAGAGAAAGCCUCUGACUCCUGAGGAGCGGCUAAAAAGUCUCCCCGUCUCGCAGUGUCUAGACUCAAUAGCUGACUUUUUCGACAACAUGUCGUACAUGGACUCCUUGCUUGUUGGGGGUGACGAGCGCAGAAAUAUGUCCUCGCUGGGAGCGGUGCUGAAAGACGGGAUGACCGAGGAGUCGCGGCUGGAGUCUGACAGAGAGAGCUGGAUGAGAGCAGAGCGCAUCAUGGAGAUCUCUGCCGCUGUGGAGGCUCUGAGCUUCAACAGGUGUCGGGCCGCAGCAGUGGAGACCUGGAGGAAAGCCCAGCAGCUGCAGGGGGAGCUGGGAGAGCAGGCGGCGGCAGAGCUCACCCUGCCUGUAGCUGCUCAUUGUGAGGGUUACAGCUUCACCCAGGACGGCCCCUGUCAACCACAGAUGGCCCAGCGGAGGAGGGAAGUGAUGGACAGUCUGAUGUUCAGAGGAGUUUCUGGUACUCUGGGAAACAGACCAGCCGCUGCUCUGGAUUAUUUACCCGCCCUCCGCACCGUCUGCAGAUCAGAGCAGCUGAAGGAGCAGGGCAAGGUUAAACGAAGGUUCCUGCACUACCUGGAGGCGAUCAACCUCGGUCUAGACAAGAGAACUCUGCAGCUCCUGGCUGAAGACUUCCCCUGAACCACUGAGGGGAAAGCUCCAUAUGAAUUGGCUAUUUAAUUGGAACACUUUUGUUUUUUGUGUCUGCCCCUUUGUCUCUUAUGAUUCGGACCUGGUCAGAGGUGUGUGCGCACAAUGGAUGCCGGGUGAGGUUUCCACAUAUGUAUUCCAAGAUGGAAAUGACUGAAUCACUGAAUACAGAACAUGUAUUCUCACCUGAAGGGCGCACAGCUAAAUCACCUCAAAUGUUGUCACAUCUUUAGAAUGCACUAAAGAGUUCUACUUUAUAUAAUGUUUGUAAUAUUAAGCGGUGUGUUUUUGUACAGUUGUGUUUUAUUCGUAGAAGCCUCAUUUAUAAUUUUCUUUUGGAAAUUGCUUUUGAGGCGCAAAUAUGUUUCAUUGAAGAUUUGUAUUGGAUUCACAUGUAAAAUAGAGGUUGUAAAGGAUGGUAUACAUUGUUAUUCUCCACACAAGUUCACCUACAUCACCUUCACACAGUGACUUUUUUUAAUUUGUUAUUUUUUGCUUGUUUUUUAACCUUAAAUAUGUACACAUUCA